GGAGGGGCUCUAAGAGAGUGGAGUCGUCUUAGUUAAGUAGUUUGUGCUUUUUGGGGGGGUUGGGUGGGGAGUGUGUCCCCCGGAUUGUCUACCCUCUUUGAUGACUCCUGGAGGCGGUGGGCCCAUGAAAGACUGCGAGUACAGUCAGAUCAGCACUCACAGCUCCUCUCCCAUGGAGUCUCCCCAUAAGAAAAAGAAAAUCGCGGCCAGGAGGAAAUGGGAGGUUUUCCCAGGAAGAAACAAAUUCUUUUGUAACGGGAGGAUCAUGAUGGCUCGGCAGACCGGCGUCUUCUACCUGACCCUUGUCCUCAUCUUGGUCACUAGCGGACUCUUCUUCGCAUUCGACUGUCCAUAUUUAGCUGUGAAAAUCACUCCGGCUAUCCCUGUGGUUGGCGGGAUCCUAUUUUUCUUCGUGAUGGGCACCCUGCUUCGGACAAGUUUCAGUGACCCUGGAGUCCUGCCCCGAGCAACGCCAGAUGAAGCUGCUGACCUGGAAAGGCAAAUAGAUAUAGCCAAUGGUGCCAGUUCAGGGGGGUACCGUCCACCUCCCCGAACAAGAGAAGUCAUCAUCAAUGGUCAGACAGUGAAACUUAAAUAUUGUUUCACCUGCAAGAUUUUUCGUCCUCCUCGUGCUUCUCAUUGCAGCCUUUGUGAUAACUGUGUAGAACGGUUUGAUCAUCACUGUCCCUGGGUAGGCAACUGUGUGGGGAAAAGAAACUACAGAUUUUUUUAUAUGUUUAUUUUAUCUCUGUCUUUUCUGACAGUCUUUAUAUUUGCAUUCGUUAUCACCCACGUCAUUCUUCGUUCCCAGCAAACAGGUUUUCUAAAUGCUCUCAAGGACAGUCCAGCAAGUGUGCUGGAAGCUGUGGUGUGUUUCUUUUCUGUUUGGUCUAUUGUCGGGCUCUCAGGUUUCCACACAUAUUUGAUCAGCUCCAAUCAAACUACAAAUGAAGAUAUUAAAGGGUCUUGGUCAAAUAAAAGAGGUAAAGAAAAUUACAAUCCCUACAGCUAUGGAAACAUCAUUACAAAUUGUUGUGCUGCCCUCUGUGGGCCCAUCUCUCCAAGCCUAAUCGAUAGAAGAGGAUUUAUCCAGCCGGAUACACCUCAGCCAGCAGCACCAACAAAUGGAAUCACCAUGUAUGGGGCCACACAGUCUCAGAGCAACAUGUGUGACCAAGAUCAGUGCAUUCAGAGCACCAAAUUCGUUUUGCAGGCUGCAGCGACACCGUUGCUCCAGAGUGAACCCAGCCUAACCAGUGAGGAACUCCCUUUGCCAGGAAAGACCACACUAGGCGCUCCCUGUGCCACCUUGUCCCUGGGGCAGCCAACGCCACCCUCCUCCAUGCCCAAUCUCACGUCAGAAACUAUUUUGACAGAUAUGAUCCCAUUGAAAGAGGAACUUGAUAGCCAUCAGUUCCUCACGCCAGAGGAAGCCCCCUCGCCCCCCGGGAUGUUGUCGACAGGCAGUCCGAUCACACACAGUCACACCCUGCAUGUCCUAAGCUUGGCCAGCCAAGACUCAUUGCAUGAAGACUCAGUGCGUGGCCUCGUCAAGCUCAGCUCAGUCUGACCGAUGUGGACAGUCCGUGCAAGGACAGGCGCAGUGCACUUUUCCGAGGACUUUGCUACUCUCAAGACCAGAUGUUGAAGCCAACAAAAGAGAACUUCCCAGCACUCCAUCUUCUAAUUCCAUCACUGGCCUCAGCGAUGAGGACACCGUGUUGUGGCUUAAAUGAACAUCUAAAAAGUAGAUGGAUCGAUUUCAAAAGGUAUUUGGGGGCAGGUCCUAAAGCUCAUAAUUUUGUCUUAUUUGACGUUUCUUCCCUUUUCCCUAAUUCUUCCUCCCCUCCCACAGUAAAUAAAA